GCCUGAUUCCUGGCUGCCGUGUGUCGCCGCUAUUUGUUAGGAAUAACGUUAUUGCUGCUGAGCAACUGGGACGUAAGAGCACACACUGGGCUGGGCUACGAGAACGGUUUAGUUGCUGCAUUGAAGCUCGGGAUCAGUUUGGCAGGGAAAAGAACAGCAAGGGAUGACGUAGGGUCUGAGGCUGGAGGAUAGAGAAGAGAUGAGCCUCACAUCCUGGUUCCUCGUUAGCAGCGGGGGCACACGGCAUCGGCUGCCCCGGGAGAUGAUCUUUGUGGGCCGUGAUGACUGUGAGCUUAUGUUACAGUCUCGUAGUGUGGACAAGCAGCAUGCUGUCAUCAACUUUGAGUCCAGCAGUGAUGAGCACAAAGUGAAGGAUCUAGGAAGCCUGAAUGGGACAUUUGUGAAUGAUGUCAGAAUCCAGGAACAGAUGUAUAUCACUCUGAAGAUUGAUGACAAACUAAGGUUUGGAUAUGAUACCAACCUGUUCACCGUGGUGCGAGGAGAGCUACAUGUGCCAGAGGAGGCUCUGAAGCAUGAGAAGUUCACCAGCCAACUCCAGCUGGGCAAGAAGCCCACCUUCCCAGAGCCCUUAAAAAAACCCAAGUCCUCCCCAGGCAAACCCAAAGCAUCCAAACCCGCAGAGCCCAUUGCUGAGCCAACAGUCAAACCUGCAGAACUUAUUAAAGGAGAUGACAAGAUGCCAGGCGAUAUAGCUGCAAUGCACAGGGGUACUCCACUGUAUGGACAGCCAUCCUGGUGGGGUGAUGGUGAUGCAGAUGACGAGAAUUCUUUUAAACAGGAGAAUAAAACAUCUGGAAAGAAGCAGGAGAGCAGUGGGACAGACAGCAAAGAGGCCAAGCAGGUUGAUAAAUCAAAGGAAAAUGGUCUGGGAUCUGUAGGCACUGAGACCAGCUACUUUGAGAUUCCCGGCAAGGAGGGACAAAUGGAAGAGAACAGCAUCCAUGAGAUCCCAACAAAGGACACUGAGGGCGUUGGGGCCUCAAAAGCUGCCUCAGGCACUACUGCUGCCGCACAGGCUAACACCUCAUUCACCAUCGAGUUUGACGACACUUCCCCAGGGAAGGUCACCAUUAAAGAUCACGUGUCUCGUCCACGGCCUAAAAAAUCACCUCACGUUGGGGGUAAAGACCUCCUGCAUGCAGCCAUUAUGGCCUCUGAGACUAAGGUGGCAGACUGGCUCGCCCAGAAUGACCCUCCUCUAGUGAGGCGUGAGUCCACAGAAGAAGACAGUAAAAGCAUCAAGAGUGAUGUGCCUGUCCAUCUCAAUAGGCUUAAAGGCAGCAAGCACGAGGAUGGCACACAGAGCGAUUCUGAGAACGGGCUGGGGCUGCGCUUUGGCAGCAAGCGGCACGCUGCAUUGGAGGAGCGUCUGAGAGCUGCAGGAGUGGGGCGCGUCAAAACAGAUGGUUCGGGCACUGUGAGCCGCACCGCCUUUAUGAUUGAGUUCUAUGAUGAGGAUAACCCUCGCAAAAGGCGCUCUUACUCAUUCUCACAAACCACACCGCUCCUUGGAGGAGUAGCAGGGGAGGGACUUUGCCCGACACCGCCCUCACACCCUAAGGUUAUCGCCACGGCAGUGGAUGGCAGCAAGGGCAUGUCGUCGUCACUGGCAGCACUCGCCCCCACUGCUGCUCGACUUCUGCUCAAGCAAAGGUCGGAGGAGAAAAAUGUGGUGCAGAGCCCUGCCGGUACUGGUCAGCCCAGUCCUACUGAUGAGGCCCAGAAACAAGAUGAUGAUCAGAGUGACAAAGGCACAUACACCAUUGAACUGGAUAACCACAACCCAGAGGAAGAGGAGGCACGCCGAAUGAUCGAUAAGGUGUUUGGGGUGGAGAACUCUCAGGAUUCUGGUUGCCCUGAGCAGCAGGAAGCUGGUGGGAAAGGGAAGGACCAUAAGAAGCUCAGCUCCGCAGUAUCUGAGAAACUUGUGGAGGAUUCUAUCGCAGUUGGCAGCCCUCGCUGGGUUUCACAGUGGGCCAGUUUAGCUGCUAAUCAAACAAGAACAGACCCAGAGGGAUCUGGAGCAGAACCGCCAGCUUUUAUCCAUCAAGAGCGAGAUGCUGAUACCUCUAUCAAGAGCACUGGAUCCACCACUUCCAGCCAAGCUGAGCGUAAGAGAAGAACUCUUCCCCAGCUUCCCACAGAGGAGAAGAUAAAGCUUUCUGAGAUCGGUGAGAAGCAAGACACAGAACCCCAGGAAAAAGAAAGCCACAGUGAAAUUGGCUAUGUGAAGGACCAUAAAGGUGACUGCAAGUGCCUUGGCACUCUGGAUAAAAAGAAUAUUGAGUCUGACAUGUCUAGCCAAGCGAAGUCCUUCCAGCAGGAUGGGAAAACAAGACAACAGUCAUCCUCCAAGUCGUCUGUACGCUCCCUGGGAAAUGGAGAGGGAACUGAGGAAGGUCGCAGGAGGCGUUCCGAGGACAAGAGUAAAGUCAGUGAUGGGGAGAGAUCUGGGAAGCCACUGGUAAGGCAGGGCAGCUUUACCAUUGAUAAGCCCAGCGGUAACGUACCCAUAGAACUGAUUCCUCGCAUUAAUCGGCAGAACAGUGGGAGGGAUCGUAGUGACUCAGUGGGCAGCAUGGACACGGCGACUCUUCUCAAAGACACUGAAGCUGUCAUGGCAUUCCUGGAAGCCAAGCUCCGUGAUGAGAAAAAGUUUAGCUCAACAGCGGCACCUAGCUGUCCCCCCAUAUGCCCUUUGUCCCCGGAAUCAGAUAUUGACACAAGCACGGUCAGCCAGGCAACUGAUGGUGAUCGUAAGGUUGUGCAGAAGCGUCGCUCUCUUAGCAGCCUUUAUAGAGAGAAAAGCAAUGCGAGCACUACCGCAAAAACCACGACCAGUGCGAGAGAACGUCUGGAGAAGAAGACCAAAACCAAGACUACAGAAAGCCGUUCAGAUGCUCGCCGGUCAGCGCAAACAGCUUCGCGUGGCCGCCAACCAUCCCAGGAUCUCACUGAUGAUGACCAGACGUCCUCGUUAGCCAUUUCCGACAUCCUGUCCUCUGACCAGGAGAUGUAUACUAGUCGCUCACUCACCAAAGGUUACUUCACCUCCACUGAUGAUCUCUUGCAGUCCAAGCUUGAUACUAACAAAUCUGCAAAGUCCAUAAAGCCCAGCAAGACUCUGCACAGUAGCACCACAUCCCUCACGAAACAGACCGGUGUGAGUUUGCCCCAACCCCGUCCUACAAGGGCGUCCCUGUUGCGGAGGGCUCGACUCGGGGACACGUCGGACACGGACCUGGCGGAUGCAGACAGGGUUUCAGUUGCAUCUGAGGUGUCCACCACCAGUUCCACUUCUAAACCGCCAUUGGGAAGGAAGGCGCAGUCACGCAUUGACAUGCUUGCGCAACCUCGGCGAACCAGACUCGGUUCAUUUUCAGCACGGAGCGAUUCAGAAGCGACGAUCAGUCGGACCACAGCAGCCCGUGUGUCAUCGGAGACAGCCCUUCGCCUGGGACUGAGGAGUACAAAUCAGCAAGCAACGGAUGGCAAGCUAACUGCACGCAUGCGGGCCAAUAGUGUCUCCAAGCUAACGGAUCCCAAGCCGAAGACAGCACCUGUCAGCAGUAUCCCAUCAGUCAGUAACAGGUGGAGACGGCUGCCUCCUGAAUAUGCCUCUACAUCCGAAGAUGAGUUUGGCUCCAACCGUAACUCUCCCAAACACGUUCGGCUGAGGCCUGGCACCACCCUUCGCACCAGCAAGCUGGGUGUCCCCGCUCCUGUCACGGCUAGCCCUGGAGGCCUCCUCCUAAAGAACAGGAUGAGAGAACAGGAGGAGUACAUACGAGACUGGACAGCCCACAGCGAGGAGAUUGCCAGGUUAUUUCCCUGUGUGCGCAGGAUCAGCCAGGACCUCGCCAAGGAUCUGGCCAUCCUGGCACGGGAGAUCCAUGAUGUUGCAGGCGAGAUUGACUCGGUCAGCUCUUCUGGCACCGCCCCCAGCACCACGGUCAGCACAGCCGCGACCACGCCAGGCUCUGCCAUCGACACCAGGGAGGAGCUGGUUGAGAGAGUUUUUGAUGAAAGUCUAAACUUCAGGAAGAUUCCUCCUGUAGUUCACACCAAAACCUCAGAGGUCAAUGGCAGACCCGUGGAGCUUCGUCCUCGAGCCCCGGACAGCCUUGACCCUCAGACGGCCCUGCGCAGACGUACCUGGAACCGGGACGAGGUGAGACCGGCCGUGCUAGACAGUUUAUUGCUGACAUCGGUUUCCCAACUUUCUUCCAAAAUCCGACAGUCUGUCGAUAAAACUGCAGGCAAAAUCAGGAUAUUGUUCAAGGACAAGGACAGGAACUGGGAUGAUAUUGAGAGUAAACUCUGUUUUGAAAAUGAAGUUCCACUUCCCAAAACUACAAACAAGGACAUUUCUUCUAUACUAACAGAGCUCAAGAGGGUAGAAAAGAAGAUUCAAGUUAUAAAUGUCAUGGUGGAUCCUGAUGGAACCCUCGAUGCUUUGACCAGCCUCGGCUUGACCAGUCCUACUACCCCUAAACCCAGAACCAGCCCUGGAUCUCAGAACAUAUGGGGGCCCCUGCCUGGUAAGGGAGCCCCCCAUCCGCCUCCCACAACCAGCCCCAGCCAAGAGUUACCCAGUGUGGGACUCAACUUCAACCGCACACACCCCACUGGAGAGGAGAGUGCCAUUGCUAGCAAGUGAUCUGAGCAAAUGAAAAACGUUUUCUUUACAAUGAAACUGUAAGCUGGACUAAUAAAGCAACAUAGCUUGUUCCUGAAUGGAUCUUUUUUGUUUAUGUAUAAUGUAUUCCACCCUAUGUGGUCAUCCAGGAUUCUGUAUGGGAAAUGUUUGUUUUCACCCUGUAGUUUAGCCUUUUAAGAUCACACCUGUGUAUCUGGACUGACUACUUGCAAAACCACACCAAAACACACACAGCUGCUUGUGACGGGAGGCAAGUGGCUGUCCAGCUCUACACCCAGUAAACUGCCAGACAUAUCCUUUGUGAAUGGACAAAAACAACUCCAGUGCCUGUCUGCUCUCCUCUGAGCGUACCCUUCUUUGAUAAGUUAUGCACAGUGCAAAAAUCCAACUAAAAAUACAGAUUACUAUGCGUACACUGAGCAAUUGUAUAUUUGAAUUUGUCUAUUUAGAUAACUGUUUCAAAAAGCUUUUUAUGUGUUAAAUUGUUGUGCAUCCAAGCUAAGAAUUAGCUUAUAAAAAAAUCUUGUUUUUUUUUUUUUUUUAAUGUAAAGAUCAGUUCAGAAUUCACGAUUGUUUGAAUUUCAAUGACCCCAUGAAAUCGUUUUACGAGCGCCUUAUUCUUUCCUGUGAUGACAUGUUUCCUAUUAAAACAUGAAGUUUGGGCUGGGCAUUUCAAAAAGAUUGUCCCUUUUUUAAAAGUCGGCAAUAGACUAGUGAAGCCAGCCAUGAACCAUGAUUUGUUACUUGCUAGGCUUUGCAGGUAGUUUUAAGUGGGACAUUCUCAUUCUACAGAGCAUUUGAUUGGACAAAAAUGUGUGUAGUGCAAGAUGAGUCAUCAAUAUUUGGGUUUCUUUUCCCAGAAGAGAAAAGCUUUACCUUUUAAAUGUAUAACUUUAAGGAGUACACUAUCAUAUUAAUCUCAAAGCUAAUAGACAUGAGCAAAAAGCCAAAAAACUCUCAUUUUGAUUUCAUGGGGCCUUUAUAUUUACUUCCAUUUAAUAAGAAAAUGUAGCAUAAUAUUUGUAGUUUUCAAAUAGAAGAACAUCGAGAUGAAACUUACAGAUGAACGCAUGGCAUGCACUGAUGGACACUGGCAAAAUCUUGAUUAUUCAUUCAUUUUUGCUCCCUUUUAAGAGCUCCAGCACUAUUAAAGGAAUAUUCCAAGUUCAAUACAAGUUAAGUUCAAUCGAGGGGAGGGGGGGGUUAUGGUGUCACGUCAUCAUGGCAACAAAGUUGUUUAAUUAACUUUACACAGAAGGUUAGUAAGCGAUUUUAUCACACUUAAAUCAUAUGAAAAAAAAUAUUGUUUUUGUCUUGUGGCUAUACUUUUGAAACAAAGUAUUUUAAUGUUUAUAGUUUGGCCACAUUACAUUGUAAGUAUCUCACUGGAACCCAGAUUUUCAAAAUAAAUUUUUGGGGUAAUCAAACUAUGCCACAAAUGCUGUUGAUUGAGCUUAACUUGUACUGAACCCCAAUAUUCCUUUUAGAGCUGACGAAGCCUUAUGAUUGUAAGUGAUGUGUAUACUAACAAUUUUUGGGCAUAUUUCACAUUACUUGCAUAGAUUGUCUUUCUCUUCAUGAUGCCCUAAUACCUACUAGCCUUCUUUUUCAAAAGAGAUAUGUUCCACAUUUGUGUGCAUGUUUGUUUACCAUAUACCCAAGUUUUGUUUCUUCUGCUGCUUGUCUGUAUUAUUUAGGGGGUAUGGUGAAGGAAUAAUCCUGAACCACAAACCUGGCCUGUCUUUGUAAAGCCCUGUAGGAAGAGUAUUUCAUACACAGUGUAACUGUAAUUAGACUUAGACUUAGAAAAUAGUGCAGUUAGGUACUGUACCAGAAAGAAUACAUACAGUGGGCUUUAAAUGUUUAAUGUCACAAAGUGCCCAGUAUUCUGUAGUCUUUCUGUCUUUGAGGAUGAAAAGAUUUAAUGUGCUAAAGUUUAAUUUUGCACAUCACAGGUGUAAUGUGACAUGGAAUAGUAAAUUCAGGGUAAAAAAAAUACACCACUACAUCCUACUGUACCCAUUAGAAGAUGCCUUUACAGUGGGAUUUCCCUUUUACAUAAAAACAACCUGUGUGAGAUGGUCUACCCCUGUAUGGGAGCAGAUAAAAUGCUUGGUACAUACAUUUUCCCUUUGUGGUUUACACAUUGUGUAUCAUAUCAGUGGUUGUUUCCUUUUUUCCAUUGUUUUUAAUCAAUGUACUGUUUAUUUAUUUUUCUUUAUUUCGAUACAUUUAAUAAUGGCACUUUUUUUUUAUAUUUUUGCAUAUUCU